CACAUGCGCGUUUCUCCUCUUCUGAUAUCCGGCUUUCUUCUGCUGGUCCCUUGAAGGUUUUUCCUCUGUGGCCGAACUGGACAGCAAGCGAAACAAUGACCUUAUUAAAGUUAUGAACUUGGUAUGAUGAUCGUGGGAUGAUUGGAACGUUUCGAUCGAUGGAUGUGUGUAAUCGCGCGUUUUUAAAAGCUUUACCGUAACAGGAGCUCGCGCAGCAGCAGCGCUCUGAGAUGAUGGCACCCACAAAGAUUAAGCUGCGUUUGAGGAAGAAGGAGAAAGGCUCGACAAAGUCAUCUCAGCGGCAGCGGCAGCAGUCACUCCGUCCUGAGACGUCCCCGGACUCAAAGUGUCCGAUCUGCCUGGACCGCUUUGUGAACGUGGCAUCUGUGGAGCGCUGCCUGCACCGUUUCUGCUUUCGCUGCAUCCGUGAGUGGGCCAAGAACAAAGCGGAGUGCCCACUUUGCAAGCAACCGUUCCGCUCCAUCUUCCACUCCGUGAAGGCCGAGAAUGACUUCAAAGAAUUUGUUGUGUUGGAGGACAACACGUCGAGCGCAACCACAUCGGCAUCAGCAACUGUUGCAGUGACUGCGGCAGCGAUAGCGGUGGCCCCGGCUGGCCAGAACGACGCUGAAAGCACGGCAACACGACCUCGCCGUUCCAGAGCAACGAGGACCAGGCGGAGUCAGAGAGCUCAAGACCCCGCCCCUUCUGCUUCUUCGGUGGAUGGCGUGGCUCUGGAUCACGCGACUUUGGUGCAGAGAGAUCCAGCUUGCCUGCGGCAGCUGCUGCCAUGGCUACGCCGAGAGCGAGUCAUGGGAGCCAAUCCCAGUGAGCUCCGCCCCUUCCUGCUGGCACGCACUGACCACAUCCUGCACGAGCUGGUGAGCUUUGCACGCUCCAUCGAGGCCAUGCAGUGUCCCCCGACCCCAAGCUAUGAGGAGGACAGCGGCUCACAGUCAUCUAUAAUCAACAUCUCAGAGGAUGAUGAUAGCGAGGAGGCAGACGUUACCGAGGACACCACCCAGGAGCGGGUACCCCCGGUUCCCAUGGCAACCAGCAGCGAAAUCUCUCUCAGCCAAUCUGCUUGGGACGACGAGACUCCAGGCCCCUCCUACUCCACCCUCGGUCAUCCACAAACGGAGGAGGUGGAGCCUGAGGGGAACCAAUUAGGAGGAACCGGUUCUGCCACAGAACAGCGUGAGCACAACGAUGACGACAACGACGAAGACGAGUGUAUGAUCGUGGGUUACGUGAAGCCAAUGGCUGAACGAACUCCAGAACUCGUGCAGCUCUCAUCUGACUCCACGGAGGAGGAGGAGGCGGGGAACGAGAACGAGGCGGCUGUCAUGCAGCCAGUAAUGAAGGCAGAGUUGUCACUGCCAUCUCAAGAGCAGGCUCCACUCUCCCCGAAGCCAUAUCCCUCCACCUCGCACACGGAGAGAGGAGACGACCUGGAGCAGUCGCGAGAGCAAGAUCCUGGGAAGCUCUCACAUCACAGGAGGAAGCACCACACUCUGAGGCGCGGCUUUAGGAAAACGUCGCACUCGCUUUCAGGGUCACGUUCGCAGACGAGCAGUGAGAGUUCCCCCCCUAGUGGACAUUCUAUAAAAAUCGGCAGAUCGCAUGUAAGAUUGAGCUGCGGAGAACCAAGGAGGCACUUAUCAGGGCGGAGCCCCGCCGUAAUCGCCGAAAAAGGCUGCUCCUCAUCGGAGGAGCUCUUUCCAACUCGUUCCAUUUCCACACGGGACAAAUCGUCCAAGUCUUUCUCCGCAUGGGAUUCGCCCGGUCACGACGGCGAGCGCAAAAAGAAGAGGAGGAAGAGGAGGAGAGAGAGAGAAACCGAGAGGAGUAGAUCUCCUCAUCGAGACUCACGGCAUCGCCAUGGUGACCGUGAGCUCUGGCUUCGUAGCAGCUGCAGCAGCAGCAGCGAUGCGGAUUCGCACCGGGAAAAACCUGCCGGGAAACGUAAAUACAAAACGCGGCACCUUGAGAGAACGGCUUGCCGUCGGAGCAGCGGGAAAUCGAGGGAGCGGGAGCGAAGUCCGAGUGUGGAAAUCAUCUUCGAGCGCCGGGCCCCGGAUGCACACUCCAGGGGCAGGAGGCGCAGAAAGAGGAGUCGGAGAAAAGAAAGAGAACAGAACUCACCUACUGUUAUCACUAUAGACAGCGACAGCGGCAGCGAUCGCACAGCUGACCGGCAGAACAAUCUCGUGGAUGAUGACAGAGACGACGUAGCUAACGAUCACGCUGUCGAAUACCAAGAUCACACCGCUGACGACAAUGAGCGCGUUACGGACUUCAGCGAUCACACCAUCGAUUAUCAGGAACGGCUCGCUGAGUUUAGCGAUCGUACUGCCGAUGACAAAGACUGCGUUACAGACAGGAGAAAUGGCACCGAUGACUACAGACGUGGUGUUCAGAAGGUUAGCGAUCAGGCCGCUGAGCAUCAAGACCACACUGCAGAUGUUCGCAGUCACGCUGCUGAUUAUAAACACAGUGUGACGCAGGAUAACAGUAACAGCGCUGACUAUAAAAAGGUAAGCGGUUACACUCCAGACUCUAAACGCCGUGCUGCAGAGGUUACCGAUCGCACCACUGACUAUCAGGAGUCGCUUCUGGACAUUGACGACAGUCCUGACGAUUUUCAGGACUCCGUUACGGAGAUCAGGAACCGAGGCGAGUCAACUGCGAGUCUUUUGGACAUGCUGAACCUGGAGCAGUGCUUGGUGGACGUGGUGCAGCCAAUCAGGAGAGUCGAGGACGACAGCCACAGGGCAGCGACUCCGCUCUCGGACACGCAGCUGCUGGAACUAGAGGACAGUCUGUUGGGGGAGGGGCAAGGGGCGCUUAGGAAUGGCACCGUGGACCAACAGGAGGCGGGGUUUAUGGCUCACACGGACCCAUCUGAGACGGAGCAUGAGAGGGACUCGCGUAUUAGUGAACCCUGAUGUAUAGAACUAUACAUACACACACACACACGUAUGUGCAUUUGUAUAUGAGACUUUGUCGACCCAGGUUAAUUAUCAAAGCUGUUUUUUUUAAAAAUUCUUUUUCAUGUUUUUUUGUUUGUUGUGUUUUAAAAGUUAAGCCAAGUGUGCAGGAAACAUUUAAAUUUUUUAUUAUUGUCAUUGUUUUAGUAUUUAUAAUGCCUGUGAUGAAGUGAAUAAAAGUUAAUAACCUGCUGUGCCACAACACACGUACAGUACACACACGUACACGUUACACAAUACACAUUUGUCUGUCUUAAACUCAGGGAACUUGUGGCAAGUGUCCACUUCCUUAAUAACCACCAUGCCUCUUACAUUCUGUGUGUGUGUGUGUGUGUGUGUGUGUGUGUGUGUGUGUGUGUGUGUGUCUGGACUGUGUCGGUCUCUUUGACUGUACAGUGGCGAAAUGAUCAAAACCAAUGGUGCAAACAAUAAAAUAACAAAGCAAACGA